UUUUCCGAGCGACAAAAGGAAGGCCGAUACAGGAAAAGGCGGGCUUUCCGCUUCCGGAGCAUCGCACCGCCUGGUGCUUCCUCCCCCCACCACCACCGCCUCGCUUUAGAUUGACAGGCGCUUCGUGCAAUGAGGAUGCCGAGGCGAGUGGAGAGGGCCCAAUGGCGCCCGUAUGGGCGGGGUUCCGAGCCUGCAGGAGAUUCCAAGAUGGCGGCGGGGGCUGCGUGAGGCGCGGUACUGGGCGCGCGCUUCCCUCUCGCUGGCGCCCGCCGCCAUGAAGGGCAAGGAGCGUUCCCCGGCCAAGGCCAAGCGCUCCCGGGGCGGAGGGAGCAGCAGCGGCGGCGGUGGCGGCGACGACUCCUCCUCCUCCGUGCGAGGCGAGCGGAGCAGUAAGAAGCCGAGCAACGGCGGCGGGAAGUCGGCGGGCGGCGGCUCUGGAGAGGGCGGGAGCAGCAGCAGCAGCAGCCGCCGGGGCCUCCACUUGGAGAAGGCCAGCCGGGCCAGCAGCCGCGAGUACGAGGCCGUGACGGGGAGCGGCGGCCGACAUGGCUACAGCAACAGCAGCAGCAAGAACGCGGAGUCGUCGUCGUCCUCGCGGGGCAGCAGCAGCCGAGGCGGAGGAGGAGGCGGAGGAGGAGGGGAUUCCCGGGCGCCCCCUUCAGACUCCGGCGGUGGCAGUGAGUACAAGACGCUCAAGAUCAGUGAGCUGGGCAACGCGCUGAGCGACGAGGCCAUCGAGGACGGGCUCUUCCACGAGUUCAAGCGCUUCGGGGAUGUGAGUGUCAAGAUCAGCCGCCUCCCGCCCGGGACAGGCGCAGCCGACGAAAGGGUGGCCUUCGUCAACUUCCGCCGCCCAGAGGACGCCCGCGCCGCCAAGCACGCCCGAGGCCGCCUGGUCCUCUACGACAGGCCCCUGAAGAUUGAGGCCGUCUACGUGGGCAGCGGGGCGAGCGGGCGGCGAAGGAGCAGCCGCUCCCCAGCCAUCCUAGAUAAGGACUCCCCUUAUGGAGCCGCGGGCGUGGGCGUAGCGGGCGCCGCUCCCGCCGCCCUCAGGCACCCUCCGGCUGCCGCUCAGAGGGCCCUCUCUCCCGCCGGCGGAGGGGCCGGCCUGGGCUACAGGGACUUCCGGCUGCAGCAGCUGGCCCUGGGCCGCCUGCCUCCCCCGCCGCUGCCCCGUGAGCUGGAGAGGGAGCGGGACUACGGGGGCUUCUAUGACCGGGUCCGACCCGCCUACAGCCUGGAGCGUGUGGCUGGGGUGGCUGCGGCGGCCGCCUUCCGUGGAGUGGGCGGCACAGGGACUGCCAGCGAGGAGGAGAUCAGCCCCGAAGACGACCAGCGGGCCAACCGCACGCUCUUCCUGGGCAACCUGGACAUCUCGGUGACCGAGUCGGACCUCCAGAGGGCUUUUGAUCGCUUUGGGGUGAUCACGGAGGUGGAUAUCAAGCGGCCGUCCCGAGGACAGACGAGUACUUACGGCUUUCUCAAGUUUGAAAAUUUGGAUAUGGCCCAUCGGGCUAAGCUCGCCAUGUCGGGCAAAGUGCUGCUGUGUAAUCCUAUCAAAAUUGGCUAUGGCAAGGCCACCCCCACCACGCGGCUCUGGGUCGGUGGGCUGGGGCCUUGGGUGCCGCUAGCCGCCCUUGCCAGGGAAUUUGACCGUUUUGGCACUAUCCGCACCAUUGACUAUCGGAAAGGGGAUUCCUGGGCCUACAUCCAGUAUGAGAGUUUGGAUGCUGCCCAGGCUGCUUGUACUCACAUGCGUGGCUUCCCCUUGGGUGGACCGGACCGCCGUUUGAGGGUGGACUUUGCUGACACAGAGCAUCACUAUCAGCAGCCCUAUUUGCAGCCCUUGCCGCUUCCACCCCCUGGCCAUUAUGAGUUGGUAGCAGAGACAUCUGCCUUUGGGGCGCAUCGUGGUGCACCACCUGAUCCACUCCGAGGUGCACGGGAUAGGACCCCACCACUGCUGUAUGACCGUGACAGAGAUUUAUAUCCUGAAACAGAGUGGGUUCCUCCCCCACCUCCAGUUCGAGACCGGGGCAACAGAGCAACUGUCUACGAUGCACUUGAGAGCCUGGAACGCAGGCGAGACGGUUGGUCUCUAGAGAGAACUCGCGGGGAAAGGGAGUUAGGCGGUGGCAGCAGGGACCCACCCAGGAAGCGAAGACUGGUGGAGGAUGGGGGACGGCAUUUGGACCGUUCGCCUGAUAGUGAACGGUCAUCUUCUUCCCGCAAACGGCAUUGCCCUACUGCAGCUUCUCCACAAGAUCGUAGUCCUGAGCCUGGCAUAGGCAGAGACCGCUAUGGGAGUGAUGCAGAACGGUCAUCUUCCCGUUUGCUCCUGCUGGAUCGCCAUUCACCCAUCAGAGAGUCACGUAGGGGUAGCUUGGAGAGAGGCCAAAAUGAGAAGCGUGAGCACAAGAGUUCGGUAGAAAGGGAACGAAAACAUCGCACCCUCGCAGUAGCUGCGGCUCAAGAGUGCAAGAGCCCAGCUAAAAAAGAUGAACAAGUCUCUGAAGGGAGCAGUGGCGGAGGAUCACGCUUGAAGCCUCCCCCUCAAAAGCAGCAACAGCAGGAUGGAGGCUCAAAGUCUGGGUCAUCCCCCAAACUCUGCCUGGCUUGGCAAGGAAUGCUUUUGUUGAAGAACAGCAACUUUCCGUCUAACAUGCACCUACUUCAAGGAGAUCUGAGUGUGGCCAGCAGUCUCCUGGUAGAAGGAGCAACUGGUGGCAAAGUGGCCCAGCUAAAAAUCACCCAGCGUCUCCGUCUGGACCAGCCUAAAUUGGAUGAAGUUACUCGUCGCAUCAAAGUGGCAGGGCCUAAUGGAUAUGCUAUUCUUCUGGCUGUGCCUGGAACCACAGACAACCGUGCCUCAUCUGGGGCUGGUGAUGCUAACACCACCUCCACACAGCGACCACUCAGAAACCUGGUGUCCUAUCUCAAACAAAAACAGGCAGCUGGAGUGAUAAGCCUCCCAGUAGGAGGCAACAAAGACAAAGAAAACAGCGGGGUCUUGCAUGCUUUCCCACCUUGUGAUUUUUCUCAGCAGUUCCUGGAUACUACAGCCAAGGCCCUGGCUAAGUCAGAGGAUGACUAUUUGGUCAUGAUCAUUGUCCGUGGUGCAUCUUAAAGCCGUAACGCUUUCUGUGCUCUGUCCUGCUGCUUCAUACAGCCUCCCCUGUUCCAGUGUCUGCCAGGUGCUAUGCGAUAAGCCUUAGCCAGCCCCCAAAGUAUAAUUUUAAUUAGAGCCAUAGCUGAUGUUAUCUCCCUAUAACUUUCUUUAAAUUCUUUAGAAGGCAGACAUAUUAACUUUUGAGUAGUAUGACUCGACCACCUUUGCCUGUCUUGCUGAUCAACAGGUAGUAGGAAGGGAAGGUCUGCAUCAUUUAAAAAUAUGGAUCCCAAAAUAAGUCUGUCUCCCUUUUUUUAGCUUUUAACUUUUUGUCCUUUUUCAUUUCAUACCUUUAAAGUAGUUAUAAAAGUCUUCUCCAUAAACUUUCAAAUCUAAAUUGACAGAGUAAAAGCAUUAAUGUCAUGGUUUAUGUAGUUAUCUACUUAAGAAGAUAAGCAAAUGCCCAUUCUGAGUCCUGUGAGCAUUCAGUGAAGGCCUUGAGCCUGUUGUCUUGAAAACAAAAUAAUCCCUAUGUCAAGAAUCAGAAAUUAAAGUUUUGAGUUGAAUUGAUUCAUAAUUGACUUCCCUGAGGCAGCCGAUACUUAGCCUUUAUAGUAUACUGCAGACUUCUUUCCUUGGGUAGUAGUUUUUGUCAAAUUCCUGAAAAUGCAUGCCCAUGGAGAAUGUUUCUAACAGGUUGAUUCUUUUAUUUUAAUCUCUUAUACAUUUGAUGUUGCAGUACAACACAUGAUAAAGAGCAAAAAGCUGUGUUAGAAUCUGUAAACAUCUUGCAUUUCACUAUGCAAGAAAAAGUAGGUGCUUUUAAGAGAACUGUGAUUAUUUGCAUUUUUGUUAAUUUUCCAUUGCUAAAUAUAUUGGGGGCAGAGUGAAUUCUAAAAUGAAGCUUGGGAAAAAAUGUUUAGAGAUGGCACUUCAGCUCUGCCACACAACUGUUUCAAUCCCAGUUUAUUCCCAUGACAAUAAAAAUGAAUGUUACCUGCUAGAUAUCUUUCAGGUAAAAUAUAAUGGGCAUUAUGCAAGUCUGGAUUGCUCUGAUUUAAAACAGUCCAGCUUAUUCAAAGAGCAUAAUUUUGUUUUUAAAAUAAGCAUUUUAAAAAAAGAAACUGCUUUUCCACAACCAUUUCUGAGGCUAUAUAAAAGGUAUUUGGAUACAUGGCUUCAGAUGCCCAAAAUAUUAUUAAUUUGUCUAAUAAAAUCCACCCUAUUAGUUUUCUGUACUGCUGUAUCUAAGUUAUCAAGGAAUGUUAUUUUCCACUUGUGAAAAACUUCUGCCAGGUCUAAAGCAGUACACUUUUGAAAUGUGACUUAUUUUAAACAGUGUGCGUCUUGGUGUACCACAAGAUGGGAAUUAUGCAGCUCUUCAGAUGAUGUUGAACUGUAGCUCGCCUUAGUACUAGUAACACAGCCAAUGAUGAGGCAUGCAAGGAGUUGCCGUUCAGCAGUAUAUGAAGGGAUGUAUAAUUGCUGCCCUAUUAGAAGCAUGUCCUGCUCCUUACUUCUGGAACCAGUUUGUCCGUUUACUUCUGGAAGUAGGACUUUCACAGCCUAAAUCUGAUAAGCAGUAAUUAUAAACUUGAAUAAUGUUAUUUGACAAUACAAAUUAAAAUAUCAGUUGUCCUGUAAUAAAGGAAGAAAACUUUGAACUGUGGACUUAAAAGUCCUAAAAUGCACAUGUGAACCUUUUUCGAGAACCCCCGAUAAGAAUAUUUUAAAAUGGUUGGCAUGUUAUAAAGGGGGUAUUUCAUAAAUUCUCUACUUCCAGGUAGAAUCAGCAGUAUAAGUUUAUGUUGCUGGUUACUGCAUAAUAUGAAUAUUGGUGUGUUAUACAGUGGGAAUGUCAAGCACUAGUGGCAUGAAUUCUCUGUCGGUUUAAUGGGUCAUUUAAAGGAGAUCACCCAUAUAAACUCUCCAAAAGUGAAUGAUUCGAGAUUUUCAGCAUCUGUCCAUUCUUUUAAUAUGUAAUACUGUCCUUGUUAAAAGAAUAGAAAUUGAUUUUUAGGUGAAUUGUCUGAAUAUACUUGUUAACAUCAAAGUGCUAUCUGCUGUUGUCAGAAAAAUCCCUACUGUGGAUUUCUUUCCCUCCUUUAAAACGAAAAAGAAAAAAAACUCAUUGUUGUUUAUGUUAUAAGUUGAAGUAUGUGAAUGUUACAGGAAAUGGGCAGUUUUUCCAAAUUAUUAUCUAAACAUUUGACUUAAUUUUCUUUUUUUUAAAAAAAUGGUCUAUUCAUAGCUAUUGGAGGAAAAAAUAUUUUAGGAGCAAUAUUUUAUGACAAGCACUUAGGUACAAGUAUCAUAAAAGUCAUUUUGGUUGCAUUAGAAUACAGCUAUGGUAUACCCAGAAAAAGAGCUACUCAAAAAAAGAGCUAAACUUAUGUUUAAUGCCACUUCUGCAGAGAAAAAAAAUAGACUUCUAAUCACUGUGUAUGGCAUUAUUGAGCCUGAAUAGGAGCAGUGUGUACUUGAAUGCUGCAUGUCUUUACAAGUCUUGUUUCCAUCCUUUAUCAUUUGUGGCUUUAGAAUGGAUUUUUUUAUUCUGAAGCAUCAGUUAAGAAUCACUUCUUUUCCUGCUUAACGGAAAGCCUGAAGGGGCAUAUUUGCAUUAUAAUUUAAAUUCUUACAAUUGGAGACGAACAGUUGGAAACAGCUGUUCAUCAGUUUCUGUGCAUGCUUGAAAAUUUGCCCUAUAGAGUGUUGUUGGCUGGUAGUGUGGCAUGAGUUUAAAGCUACCUCAUUAUUGUGAGAUCCACUGAUGUGUUCUAUAUGGUAGCUUCCUAUGUUGGGAAACACAAACAUCAACACUGGAAGUGGAUGCAAGACAAUUGUAAAGCAAUCUGUAGUGUGAAUCACUUCUUCCCAAGAGAUAUAGGGAGGAAGGUAUCUUCCUCGGACUGCUUAAGCCAACAGUGAGAAUGCGGCUUAUUUGAGACCAAAAGAGUUUGAGGAAACAUCCAAAAUUUAUAAUUAGACAUUAAAUCAUAAAUGGGGAAAUGCCACAUUUUGCCGCUAAAAUGUACACCAGUAUGGUCACCUUAUAAAAUGGCUUACUUUGAACACAAUUGGUUGGAAGUGACAAAAUCACCUAUUUGUGAAAAAAAUCUGUGAGUUCAAUUUAGAUAAAAUUAAAAAAAAAAGAUAUUUCAGUGGUAUCACUUACAAUAUAUAUUUCCAAUUUUAUUUAUCCAAGUGUAAAAUUUUGGAAAACUGGUAAAAUUCACUGGAGGAGAAUCUGAUUUUUUUGAUUGGCUUUUUUCCUCUUCCAAUAACCAGGAAGCCAAAAUAAAAAAGGGAAAAUAUGUACACAAACAGAACACUAAAUUUCAUGUUCUAUUUGAAUUGCCUUUUUGAAAAUAAGAGAAAUAGUGUGAACUGUAAAAAGAAAAAUAAUGUCCUGAAUCUUAAAUCCUUGAAUUGCUCAUUGUGCAUCUAUAUACAGAUGUGAAUUCAUUUCAAAGAUUUUGUGCCAGUGGAGGGUGAUUGGUACUUUCAGACUUUACCUAUAAUGUUGAAGAAAAGCCUUGUAGUUCAAUAAAUUAUCUGUAAACAUAGGGAGAGGACAACUAUAUUGUAAACCUUUGUACUGAAUAACCUCUUCUUUCCUCCUGAAAAGCAAGGCUGUUGAACUGCCGAAGAUGACAAGGGAUUCAAAGCUCUAAUGGACCUUUGCGAAGAAAAGCUGUGGCUUAUGUGGAAUAUACAUGGGCCUCCUGGAAGAAAGCUUAUCUGUUUAGUAUUUGUGCAUUUUACUAAAAUGGCAGCUUAAAAAAGUUGUGUAUCUGCUAUUGUGAUGCCAAUGCCCGUGUUUUAAGUGGAAAAUUGACCUCUUUGCUUUGUGCUGUGUACACAAGAUUUCUGCAAAAGUAAAGGAAAAAAACCUUUUUAUGGCUCACACAGCUUGAUGGCUGUCACUCAAAACAUGCGCUCACAGUCGAGCUGAUUUUGUUUCAUUCUAAAUAAAUUGUUUCUUUUGAGGAAA